UACGAAACUGGACUGGGAGGGGUUGGUGCCUAGACGUGAGCUUUCAUUGGCUGCAUUCAUUUGCCGUGGUGCAGGGGUAUCUCUAAUCAUAUUCAGCAUGUUUUGCACAAGAAAUGUCAGCCAGAAAGGAAUAUCUGCUCUCUUCGCCAAAUUAUUCCACAACAAUGUCAUGCUCAGAGGGUCCGGCUGCGAACUCUUUCCUGGUGGAUUCGUUGAUCAGCGGAGGCAGAGGUGAAGCUGGGGGCUACUACCAGGGAAGUGGGGUCUACUUGCCCCAGGCGUCCUCCGAGGUGUCCUAUGGGCUUCAGAGCUGUGGACUUUUCCCAGUUUUGAGCAAACGAAAUGAAGGUCUCCCCCCAAAUCACACAGCGCCCCCCACAUCUCAGAACUAUGCUCCAGGGAUGGAGGUCUGGCUAGAUGCCCCAAGGUCCUGCCGGGUGGAGCAGCCUGAAAGCCAAGCAAGCACCUCCUGCUCUUUUACCCAAAAUAUUAAAGAAGAGAACUCCUACUGCCUCUAUGACUCUGACAAAUGCCCUAAGACUUCAGCUGCUGCCACUGACCUUUCCACUUUCCCAAGGGUUAAUUCUGAGGCUAGCCCUGGCCACAAUGCCAGCUCUGUUCCAGUGCCAGGCUACUUCCGUCUCUCCCAGGCUUAUGGCUCAUCCAAGGGCUAUGCUGCUGCUGCUGCUGCCGGGCAGAUUGCUAUUGCACCGCCACACUUUGUACCCCAGCCCCAGGUCCGGUUCGACCAGCCCCUGCCUUUGUCUUCCAUGCCCGCAGACAACGUGCGGAAGGAUGCAGAGGAGUCGCCCCCUAGCAAGCACCCAGGAGCAGCCCAGCAGCACAUAGCAGAGGACGAGACUCAUCACCACACUUCUUCCUCCGCCGCUGAGGACUCCUCUCCGGCUCCAUCUGACAGCAGCAAACAUUCCCCGGAGAAAGACACCGGAGGUAACUCCAAAAGUGAAAAUGCAGCCAACUGGUUAACAGCUAAAAGUGGAAGGAAGAAACGCUGCCCAUACACCAAGCACCAAACCUUGGAACUGGAAAAGGAAUUUCUGUUCAACAUGUACCUGACUCGAGAGCGGCGCCUAGAGAUCAGCCGCAGUGUCCACCUCUCAGACAGACAAGUGAAAAUCUGGUUUCAGAACCGCAGAAUGAAACUCAAGAAGAUGAACCGAGAGAACAGGAUCCGGGAGCUCACAGCCAACUUCAACUUUUCCUGAUGACCCUGCACACCUUUCCUUUUCUUUUCUUUUUCCCAAUGUAUCAAAAAGCCAGUACUCUUCCAUCAUGGUUUAUUCUCACCAUUAAUGGACUAAUAAUUCUGUACAUGACCAGUAUAUUCAUAAUCCCACCCUACUUUUUUGUUAAACUGGGGUUAAAGCCAUAAUUGCACACAUUUCUUCAAGAGCUUUUUAUUAAAAUAAUAAUUAUUUUUUUUGUUGGUUUAUUUUUUAGACUAAGAUAUUUUUAUGGAAAACAUUUGCAGUGAAUAGUCAUCAUAGAAAGAACAUAUUGUUAUUUGUACAUGUUAAAGUCUUAUGCCUUUUUGUUGCAUCUGGCACUGCAUUUUUAUAUUAUUUUUAUUCUGCAAAGUAAAAUGGGUUUUAUCUUGUUAGGUGGGUGUAGAACUAGACUCGGUUAUUCCAUUUUUGGGGUGGGUGGAGAUACUCCUCAUUUCUUCAUGAAAUGUAAUCUGUGUGAGUAUAAUAUACUGCUGGAUGAUACAAUGUUCUACCUUUUGCUGGUUUUAGAGAAAUAGGGUAGUUAUGACUGUUUAGGCAACUUGUUACAGGUUACUUAUAGUAACAGCAGAAAAGCACACCGUAAUUGAUGGCCCAUCUUAUAUGUUUUUUUUUUUUUGAUACUGCAGAAGCUGACAUACUACAGAAGCCUUGAUAAAGGAAAUACUCGCAUUCCGCCCAAAAUACUGUGAAUUUACAUGCUUUAAUUUAGAAAAUUAUAAACGCAGAAAAAAAAUGAACUUUAUAGAUGCAAAUAUGUGUAAAUGUUUAUUAUUAUUAAAGCCAAUGUUUCUCUGACAAAUGUAUUUUAUGUUAACGUUAAUGUACGUUCUCGAUCCAUGGACACCUUACUUUAAUCCAGAUAAAUGAAUACUGUUAUGCUGCUGUUUGUGAACAGGCAAUGUUUAUGAUCUCAAUGAAGAAUCAAAUAAAAUGCAACGAAUCCUUCCUA